AUGUCUAUGUCAAAGAUUGCUGGAGUGAUCCUCGGAUCCGCCGCCUUGGUGGCUGGCCACGGCUAUGUCUCUGGAGCCGUUGUUGACGGCACCUACUACGGUGGAUACCUCGUCGACCAGUACAACUACGAGACUGAUCCCCCGGAGACCAUUGGUUGGUCCGAGGAUGAGACUGACAACGGCUACAUCGACGGCUCCGAAUAUGCCAACGCCAACAUCAUCUGCCACAAAGAUGGAAAGCCCGGUGCUAUCUCUGCUCCCGUCAAGGCCGGUGGCAGCGUUGAGCUGCAGUGGACUGACUGGCCCUCCAGCCACCACGGCCCUGUCAUUACCUACCUCGCCAACUGCAACGGCGACUGCUCUGAUGUCACCAAGACCGAUCUGAAGUUCUUCAAGAUCGAUGCAGGCGGCCUGAUCGACGACGCUGACGUUCCUGGCACCUGGGCCACCGACAAGUUGAUCUCCAACAACAACAGCCGUACCAUUACUAUCCCCAGCACCAUCGAGUCCGGUAACUACGUCCUCCGCCACGAAAUUAUUGCUCUGCACUCUGCCGAGAAUACGAAUGGCGCUCAGAACUAUCCUCAGUGUCUGAACCUGAAGGUUACCGGUGGUGGCAGUGACUCUCCCACUGGUACCCUGGGUACAGAGCUCUACAAGAACACUGACGCGGGCAUCCUGGUCAACAUCUACCAGUCCUUGAGCACCUAUGACAUCCCCGGUCCCGCUCUGUACACUGCCGGCUCUGCCUCCUCUGCCACCACCACCACUGCCGCCGCCGCCGCUGCCUCUACCACUGCUGCCGCGGUCUCCGCCGCCACUACUGUCAGUUCUGCCCCUAUCCGGAGCCCCUCAGCCUUCCCAUCGGUCCCGUCAUUCCGCAACUCCACGCGGGUUCCCCUGAGCCGUGGCCCUGCUUCUGCUCGCCCCCAGUUCACGCAGCCCACUGUUCCCCUGAAUGUCCAGAGUGCUGCCACCGUCACCGAUCAUGCUACUGCCACUGUCGACUCCGUCGUUGAUACCACUGUUACUGCUCAGGUUACUGACCAGCCUGCUUUCCAGACCGCCAGCGCUCAGAACGUGGACACCGUGACCGCCACUGCCAGUGCGGCGGGUCAGUCAGCCCAGAGUACCUCCACCCCUAGCACCGGCUCGGACUCCACCGGAUCCUCCGACUCUAGCUCCAGCUCUGGUUCUUCCUCGGGCUCUGAGAGUUCCGGCUCCACUGGCACCACCGCUGCUUCCACCGCUACCACCACCUCCGAGCCCAGCCACUACAACUACAAUGACUGGACCUCCUACCUCAGCACUCUGAGCGCCAGUCAGGUCCUCGACCUCCUGCGUGAGACCUUCGGAUGGCUCGUCGCUGACAAGAAGCACGCCCGUGACCUGACCAGCCUCGCCAACUAA